UUUUUCAAUUGGAUUAAAACUAUGGUACGGACAGCAGCUACGUCUAUUAAAGUUGGUGCCAAAGCCAGUAAGGGUGGAGGAGGUGCUAGCCGGGCUAGCACCAUCAGAUCAAGUUCUUCCUCUGGAGGUGCCAGCAGAAGAGCUAUUGGUGGAAAUAAACUUGUAUCCAGGCCAACACCAACAUGGCAGAAACCUAUUACUAAGUUUUUUGCUGGUGGUGAUAAAAUUGCACCUCCCAGCAAAUUGGAAUAUACAGAGCAGGUCUGUGAAGAAGAAGUAAUAACUUUAGAACCUCCUCAUUGGCAGACAUCUGUAUCCAAUUUUCUAGUAAAACAGUCUGAUAUAAUAUCAAAGGAGGAUAUUACCUCUUCAUCACCAAAUAUUGAUGAAGUUCAAUUGGAUGCAAUAGUUCCUAGCCCUGCUUAUAUUGAGGAAAAAGCUAAGAAGAUGUUAACAGUAAAACCAUCAAAAGAAAUGGAAAAACCAGAGCAAGUGAAAUCUAAAAUUGAAAAACCUUCUAUGGAAGAUCAGGUUCAGGCUGGACCAAGUUCAUCUUUAAGAAGAUAUGUUGAACAAUGUAAUACCUACCCACCAUAUCCUGAGAUGGACAAUAAUAAUUAUAUGCAUAACCAGAACUAUCCACCUCCAAAUGAAAUACAUGUAAGACAACAUCUUAAUGAAGGAAAUCAAGAAGACUGUGAUCCAGAAAUGUUUGAAAAUAACGAAAAUGAUGCUUACAUGGAAAACCAGAAUUAUCUACCUACACAUCAAGAAAUUGAGUACCAUAAAAAUGGAAAUGUUGAAAAUAUUCCAUCUGACUGUGAAACAGAAAUUUGUGAAAAUAAGGAAAAUGAAUAUAUGCCUGAAGCUGAGCACUUGAACCCUCCUAAGAAAAGAAGGUUUGCAGGGUACAAAUACUUAGAAAAUUAUGAAUGUCCAAACCAAAAGUGAUUUAGUUUAUAUUGUUUUGACUAAUGUUAUGUAUUCUGUUUAAUUAUACGUUGUAUCUUUUUUAUGAAAUAAAUUACCAUGCUGUAUUAUA